AUGGGGCGGCGUGGGAUCUUCCCUGAUGCCAGUGAAGACCCAGUCAUUCAGAUAGCUAAUAUGGUCAAGGUGGAGGGCGAGAGCGUACCAUUCAUCCGAAAUUGUUUUGUGCUGGGUACAUGUGCUCCCGUGAUUGGUUCCGAAAUAAUCGAGUGCAAGAGCGAGCAAGAUCUGUUGGAAAGGUGGGCGGAAUUUAUUCGCGUCGUUGAUCCAGACAUCUUGACCGGUUACAAUAUUCUCAACUUUGAUCUACCAUACAUCCUAGAUCGAGCAAAGGUGCUGAAAUUGCCUUCGGUUGCGAUGUUGGGAAGGCAGAAAGAUCGCGCGUCUGGUGUCCGGGAUGCUCCAAUUUCUUCAAAGCAGAUGGGAAGCCGCGUCAAUAAAAGCAUAGAUAUACAUGGAAGGAUCAUUUUUGAUGUGUUGCAGGUGGUCCUCAGAGACUACAAGCUUCGAAGUUAUACGUUGAACAGUGUAUCUUACCACUUUUUGGCGGAACAAAAGGAGGAUGUAGCGUAUAGCUUUAUUCCCGAACUACAAAAGGGUGACGACUACUCUCGGAGAAGAUUGGCCGUUUACUGCAUGAAAGACGCUGCAUUACCGCUAAAACUUUUGGAGAAACUGCUUUCUGUGAUUAAUUACAUGGAAAUGGCUAGGGUAACAGGUGUUCCAUUAAACUAUCUACUCACAAGGGGACAGCAGAUCAAGAUUUUAUCCAUGAUGUUACGAAAAUGCAAGGCGAACCAUUUCUUUUUGCCUGUCAUCGAUGUGCAAGGAGGCGAUGCUGAGAGGUAUAAACUUCUUCUUACUGAAAUGAUUAUUUCUAUCAUUUCAUAAAA